CUCCGCUUCGUGUCACAGGCAUCAUCACAGCGGCAGACAUUUGGCAAGGCAGGCAGCGGACUGCGGGUGUGUGGCUGGUCUGGCUGCAUCGGGAAAAGAUAGGGCUUUUUUGGUGUGAUUACCGCAGUGUUGUUCUUUUUCUCUGCCAUUUCCGGGCUGUAGAGUGAAUAGCAGCUCAAGGCAAAUGUGAUGGUGAUGCUGAGUACGCGUAUCUGAUUUGACUAGAUCGAGGCCAGGGGGAUCUGUAACAGCGUGGCGGUAGGAUAGAGGGAGGGAGAGCGAAAGAAACUGGGCUGUCCGUGACUGUCCGUCUGUCGCGCGCUCCGUGGUUGUGAAUGGACUGUGCUCCCUCUGUGAUUCUCUGCAGUCACUUUGAGCCGUUUUUGGAGGAAGAUGGCGGACAGGGCUGAGAUGUUUUCCCUCUCCACCUUCCACUCCCUCACUCCUCCAGGCUGCAGGCCUUCCCAUGACAUUAGUCUUGAGGAGUUUGAUGAUGAGGAUCUGUCUGAAAUCACAGACGACUGUGGAAUAGGACUCAACUAUGACUCUGAUCCCUAUGAAAAGGACUGUCUGAUUCUGGAGAAGAGCGAUAUGCACCACCCGGUCUGCUCCUUCCAGGACGACUUCCAGGAGUUUGAGAUGAUCGAUGACGAGGAUGAGGAGGAUGAGGAAGAUGAAGACGAGGUGGACCCUGAUGCUCCUCCCUCCCCCACCGCUUCCCCUCCUUCUUCCCCCACCCUUGGCACGCUGAAGAGCCGGCCCACCACCCUCAACCUCACCACCACUGUCUCACAGGACUCACUGAACAACAACAGCAGUCUUUCUCCAAAGAAGGGCAGCUGGCAGGACUCUCUACGCAACCCUACCUCACAGGGCCGUCUGUCUCCAACCCACUCUUGUCUGGAGGAUGGGAGUCACGUGACGGGCCAGUGCCCCUCCCAACCAGCCCCCAGGCCCCAGGGCUCCUUCGGUCAACACAAGUCUCACCCGGGCUCUGAUGAGGUCAUUAAUUCCUCAGCUGACCCUCUGAUCUUCAGAGUUCCAUCCCUGGAUGACCAAUCCCAAUGCUCUGACACUGAGGUUGACCAUGACCUCAACAGCGCUGACCACAACCACAAAUUUUCACGGCCUAGACCCGGAACUGGAGAACGACCCAGACGGGACCAGCCGAUGCCUGUCCUCCACUGCUCCCAUCGGGGGAACGAUGGAGCUGACACCCCUCUGUCAGAUGAGGAGCUGGAGAAAGAUUUUGACGUAGAGUUUAUGUGUAAGGAGACCUAUGACAUGGUGUGUAAGGAGAACCAGAGCUCAGUCUACGUUGAGUUCCCCUCCAUCGAGCCCUCUGAGCUGGCUUCCUUCUCCAGCUACAUGUCAUCAAGCCGCUCUGAUGUUCUCGACCAAUCCCGAAGCACUGAUCAGAGCCAGCGUCCAGGUGCAGCCAAUGAGGUGGGCAAUGACUCCAACUCUCCAUCCUCAGACCCGGGCAUUGCUGACAUGAACGCCAAGCGGUGCUACACCACCUCAGACCAAGACCAGGAACUGAGCUCUCCCGGGUCAGACUCAGACAUCGAAGGGGAGCUUGAGGCAGCAUUCGCCUGCGGAGGACCCCUGGUCUCCAACAUGAUCUCCUCCAUCUCAGAGACAGAGCUGGACCUGACCAGUGAUGACAGUAGUAGUGGACGCUCCUCCCACCUCACCAACUCCAUUGAGGAGGCCAGUUCACCCACCUCCGACCAGGAACUGGACCCGGACACCGAGUUAGAACAGGACAGUGGAAUUGUGGGAAUGAAGGUAUCACUCCUCCUUGGCCAGCCAGACCCCAUCAAAGAGGACUCACCCUUACCCUCACCACAACUUUUCUCCUCCACCCUGGCCACCCCCUCCCCUGCUGACUCCCUCGUCCUACCCCCAGAGCCCUAUGAUGACGGCCAGGCUCUGAUGGGCCUACAAAGUGUAGAUGAUGAUGAUGAUAAUGACUUGCCCUAUGAGCACCAGGCCGACCCAGAUGAGACCCUGCCCCCAGCCCAGCGCAGUGAGGACAGCAUGUCCAGACAGAUGGUCCUCCAGAUAGAACCAGACCACAGCCUGGAGAGCUUCAAACGCUCCUUCUACCUGCCAGUAGGACCAAGACUCAUACCCACCCAUGCUGAUGACUACGAUGGGAACAGUGAGGGAGGGUCCGAGUCGGAGAGCGAGGAUGAGCUGAGCGAGAAUUCAGACUCACCCUGGUUGCUAAGCAACCUGGUGAACAAGAUGAUCUCGGAGGGGUCUUAUCCAAUCAGCUGUCCUGAGGACUGUUUCAAGAGGUCAGUGUCCAUCUCGGACACCAUCUCACCCUCCUCGGAUAUCGAGCCAGACGCGUUCACCGAAGCCACGGAUGAACAAAUGCAGAAAUCUGGGACGAAGAGAUCGGAGGAGGAGGAUAAAGAAGGGAGGGGCCUGAGGAAGGAAGGGAAGGAGAGAGAUAAGAGGGAGAAGAGUGCAGAGCCACCCAAAGGGAAUGCAGGGAAAGCAAACGAAAGAUUUGGCUCCUGUCUGUACAUGAACAAUCCUACAGCUGACACCAUCAGACCGGUGAUCGUGGAGCGCUAUGGCAACAGGGUAUCCACAGACAACAACCACACUCAGGACUCUGAGAAAGACUUCACCAGCCCUAAAUCAGGCAAAAACACCAAGAGGAAGGAUGAAGAAAGGGAUGAUAUUGUGGAACCUGAUAAUGAUCUGAUGAUGCUGGAGGGGAGGAAGGAGCUGGACUCUCCCAGUCUGAGUGAGAGCGUAGCGAGUGACAAGGACGAGGGCCGCGAGAUAGAGGCCAAGCCCAACGGACGCUCUACGGCCUCCCUGGAACGCAUCACCACAGUCAAACACAGCAUGACCCUGGACAUCCCCACGGCCCAGACCAACCGAUGCUUCAGCCUCACCUACUCCACCGACAACGAUGAGGAAGAGGAGGAGGAAGAGGAAGGAGACUGCUCCCCGUUCCUGAGCUGCCUGAGGAAGCAGUCAUCCUAUCGUGGCAGCAAUCAAUACCUGGACAGCUCCCCGCCUAUCGAUGAGAGCGUCCGGGACCUCCCCCUGUCAAAGCAGGACCCCCCCCUGUGUGUGAGGGACCUCCCCCUGCAGGCCCUGCGGUCCAGGCCAGAUGAUGAUGGUCUGGCGUACGACUCCAUGAAGUACACUCUGGUGGUGGAUGAGAACACUACACUGGAGCUGGUCAGCCUCAGGCGAUGUACCUCAGUGCUGAGUGAUGACAGUGAGCUGUCUACACUGUGUGAUGAUGACCCUCUUGGGACAGGGGAGGUGGAGAACGGCCUGGGGAACGGAGGGGUGCAGACUGAACUCCUCAGCUCGUCAGAAGACUCCUCCCCCGAGGCUGACAUGCAUUUCUCCAAGAAGUUCCUCAACGUGUUUGUCAACAGCACCUCACGAUCCUCCAGUACAGAGUCGUUUGGGCUGUUCUCCUGUACCAUCAAUGGAGAAGAGAGGGACCAGACACACAGGGCUGUCUACAGGUUUAUCCCCAGACAUGUGGAUGAGUUGGAGCUGGAUGUGGACGACCCUCUAUAUGUCGAGGAAGAGGAGGAUGACUACUGGUACAGAGGCUACAACAUGCGGACGGGAGAGAGGGGGAUAUUCCCAGCCUUCUACGCCCAUGAGGUCAUAGGGCAGUCCAAGGAGAUAAUGGGAAUGAAGAGGAACCCAGCCUGGAUGGACAGUUUCAGUGUUCAGUUCCUGGGUUCUGUGGAGGUGCCCUAUCACCAAGGCAAUGGCAUCCUCUGUGCUGCCAUGCAAAAGAUUGCGAUAGCGAGGAAGCGGACGGUCCAUUUGCGGCCCCCCUCUCUGUGUGAGCUGGAGAUCAGUCUACAAGGGGUUAAACUGGUGAUGAGCCUGGAGGAUGAAUACGACACUAUGGAUGAGUUUGACAGAUGUAGUCACUUCUUCCAGAUGAAGAACAUCUCUUUCUGUGGAUGCCAUCCAAAAAACAAUUGCUACUUUGGCUUCAUCACUAAGCACCCCAUGCUGAACAGGUUUGCCUGCCACGUCUUUGUCUCCCAGGAGUCAAUGCGGCGUGUGGCCGAGAGUGUUGGGCGGGCUUUCCAGGAGUAUUACCAGGAGCACCUGGAGUACGCCUGCCCCACUGAAGACAUCUACCUGGAGUAGAGCAGGCAGGAAGCAGGAAAUGUUGCCAUGACAACAGUAUUCUCUUCUUCUUCCUGCUGCUGCUUGUAUGUUUAUCAAUCUCAAUCACCAGAGGACGCUGGUGGGUCUUCUCUCCAUUGCAAAAAUACCCCCUAUAUCUCUCUCUAAAACUGAAAUGUUAAUUUCAGUUCUACAGUAUGCUACGUGUUUUAUUUAUUGAUUAAUUUGUUUAUUUUCCCUCUUCUAGAUGGAUUGCCUGUUUAUUUAACUUUUUUUCCCUAAGAUACAGUUAUAGGAAUAAGAGGCUUGGCACCUGUUAUUUUAGAUAUGACGUAUCCUCCUCGAUUAAAAAAACAAGUACAACAAUUAUAUUCCUACUACUGCUAUUUCACAUGUUCAAAUGCAUGGUUAGGAGGGUAAUGUACACACAGAGCUAUUAGGACACAAAACCAGCUCAACAUUGCAUAGUACCUGGAUCAUAUUAUUUGGUCAGAUAUGGUUUGGUGUAAAUAUACACUACCGUUCCAAAGUUUGGGGUCACUUGUUUUUGAAAGAAAAGCACAUUUUUUGUCCAUUAAAAUAACAUCAAAUUGAUCAGAAAUACAGUAUAGACA